CCCUAUGUGACGUAAUGAGACGUGUGCAGCCGCGAUCAGGAAAUACAACUUGAAGUAGCCCGGCGACUGUUAUUAUUUGAGCGGUUAUAGACGUCUGUAACCUGUUAAUAUCUGCUUGUCACUUCGUUGUCGUGACUGCGGGUUGGAAUCAGGGGGAGAAAGCUUACUGGAAUUAAAAGAUUCCAAUACGAUCAUUUGCAGUCCGACGAGGAAACGAUCAGCAGUAAGUUAACCUAUAUUCUCGAGUAAGGAAUGGCUGCUCUACUAAAAGUGCUGCUUCGCGUAGCAGAGAAAGCAGCCAAUGUGGCGCGGGUCUGCAGACAAGAAGCGCCGCUCUUUGAGCUUCUGGUGCAAGAGAAGACUGGAGAUGAUAAAAACAAGAAAUUUGUCCAGGACUUUAAGACACUUGCUGACGUGGUGAUACAGGAGAUGAUCCGACAUUAUGUCGGUGCAGAGUUCCCUGAAAUGGGCGGUUUCAUCCAAGGCGAAGAGUCCAACAAGUUUGAAAACGGUCUUGGAGAGAGUGUGGUGGUGACGGUGUGUGCGUCGGAGACGGAGACGGCGGCGCUGUUGGAGGCCGUGCUGGACGGUGACUCCACUGCAGCGGCCCUGCUGGCCAAGGCCAUCCACCAGGACCCGGCCGCCGUGGACAACACACUCCAAAACACUGGAGACCUGAGCAUACCGCACAGUCCCUCCGAGCUCGGAAUCUGGAUCGACCCCAUAGACGCUACCAGCCAGUACAUUGAGGGUCGUGAGAUGGUAUUGGAAGAGGGACACCUGUCUCCCUCAGGUCUCCACUGUGCCCUGGUCCUGAUCGGGGUUUACCUGCGUAGCACGGGGGAGCCAAUCAUGGGGGUCAUCAACCAGCCUUUCAACUACAAAGAUCCUUCAGGGCGCUGGCAAGGGAAGCAUUUCUGGGGUGUGUCCUGCGAAGGUGUGCGCGCGUGUUCCGUAUCCCUCCCUGAGAGUCCAGCCGAGGGCACAGGCCUGCGGGCGGUGCUGAGCUCCAGCGAGAAGCCCGCGGUGAAGAAGGCGCUGGCCUCGCUGUGCGGGCCGGACAACGUGACCUACGCCUCCGGGGCCGGCUACAAGAUCCUGUGUGUGAUCCUGGGCCUGGCCGACCUCUAUGUCCUGUCCGAGGGGAGCACCUUCAAGUGGGACUCGUGCGCCCCUCACGCCCUGCUGCGGGCGCUGGGCGGGGGCAUCGUGGACUACACAGAGAGCCUGGGGACCCCGGAGCCCCGAGGGGCCCAGCUCACCUACCACCAGCCCCGCACCCAGAACAAGGGAGCGGACUGCUGGGCCAACCAGGGAGGCCUGGUGGCCUACCUGGACUGCAAGGCUCUCGGCACUGCUAUCGAGGCGCUCAACCUCAAGCCGUAGGGGCGGAAACUGUGGAUGUAGCACGAGCCAAAGCACCGUAGCUGUCGCUUAGAUGAUAUCCAUAUGCGUUUUCUAUUUCUGGGGAAGAAAAGAUAGGGGAAUGGCUUGGUGUAGGUUUAUUUUAAGCAAAUAUUCUAUAUUAUUUAAUACAGAACCAGAUAUGCUUAUGUUUAUAUGAAUGGCGGUUGAACUAUGUGAUACAGUAUUUGGGUUAUCUUCGGCCAUCUUUGCAGUUUUUAAUAUAUUAUAUAUAUAUCACAACAUUUGUUUUUCAUCUCUCUGUUAUGACUAUUUAAUAUAUGUUAAAUGUUAGUGAUACAUGAUAUAUCUUCCAACUCCUAAAAAUUUAGGCAUCAUGUAUCCAUCCCCUGAUGGCCGUAAUUGCAGAUGCAGCUGAGAAUUCAGGUGCUGCCCUCCACUUAGAAGAGAAGGGAGUGUUUCCAGCACAGGUUCAGCGGAACGGCCACAUCCUAGCCUACAUUUCGUUGUUAACUUCACUCCACUGAUUUGAAUACCAAUAUAAUGGUAUGGGCUUACAUAGCUCAGAAAAGAGAUCUCAUCAGCCCUCAGUGGAGAGGCUAAUUAUCGGUCACCAAAGGUUAAUCUAUAUUUUCUAACUGCCAGGUGUUUUGGUUAGCAAUCUCGCAAUAAUCUACAAGUUAUAAAUAGAUUUUGUUUUCAUUUCAACCGACAAAAAAAACCUCACAUGUUUUCCCUGCCAAGGUGACCUCAAUAUCAGCCAGCGUCUGGUUAAGGCUGUGGCUGUCUGAAAACACUCCUUUUAAGGAGAAAAGGAGGUGACCUGGUCUGUGUCUGUGGCCGUAGCCCCACUGCUUAAUGAAGGUCCGACGACGGGAGAGCCGCACCAGGCCAAACUAUGACUUGUUCAAUGAUAACAAGCAGAUUUCCUCAAAGCGGACCUAUGCAAGCGUAUCAGUUCCUUUGAAGGAGAUGCAGUUCAUUUUUGCUAUUUCUAUGUCAUGAUUGCUAUUGCAUUUGUUUUAUAUUGAUGUCAAUUGUUUAGUAUGGCAAUUAUACAUGGUGUACUCAGAAGAGCUAAAAAAUAUCAAACUUUAAACCGAUAGAUCACAAAAAACAGCAGGGGUUUAAUGGCAAAUUACGUUUAUUUUAAAAACCGGAGAACGUGAAAGAAAUCAAAUGUAAUUCCAGCAAAAGACGACCCAAACCGUCUUCCCUAACCAAAGUGGUCGGUGUGUUGUAAAGGCCUGCACACCACUUCCUGUUGAUUGUCAGAUUUUUGCAUUUAUUUUUUGCAUAUUGUUUUAAUUUAGGAAAAACCAAGCUGUGGGUACCGAUUGGGUUAACCACAUCCAAUGCACUCCAGUGACCUAGCCCCUUUUUAUGUGCAUGUUUAAAGUCUAGGAAUAUUUCUCAGUAAAACUUCUGAAUCUACAAAUCA